AUGCAUAUCCUUAAACUACCCUGGUUCGGACAUAAGGCUGAGAAUAAACAAAUUGAAUGUUACUCAGUGAGUAUAAACUCAGAUGGAUCGAGAUUAGCAUCAGGAGGAUUAGAUGGAAACGUGAAAAUAUGGGAUACUAAAUCAAUUCUUCAUUUUAAAAACUAUGAAGCUGAACCUGCGACGUUGAAUAAUAAGAAUGGUAUAAAUCUUGACACAUUAAAUUCAGAUAUAAUACGAAGACCAUUAUGUUCAAUGAGUCGACAUAACGGGGUCGUUACAAGUGUCAAAUUUUCGCCUGAUGGCAGGUUCUUAGCUUCGGGAUCAGAUGAUAAGAUUGUAUUAAUUUGGGAGAAGGAUGAAGAACAAGCAAAUCGUCCAAAACAAUUUGGUGAAGCAGAAGCCGACUUGGAACAUUGGACUGUCAGAAAGAGAUUAGUCGCCCAUGAUAAUGAUAUUCAAGAUAUAUGUUGGUCUCCUGAUGGAUCCUUAUUGGUUACAGUAGGUUUAGAUCGACUGAUCAUAAUCUGGAAUGGUCUAACAUUCGAAAGAAUCAAGAGGUACGAUAUUCAUCAAUCGAUGGUCAAGGGUAUAGUGUUCGACCCGGCAAACAAAUUUUUUGCUACUGCAUCAGAUGAUAGAUCAGUUAGAAUAUUCAGAUACUAUAGGAAGUUGAGCGAACUGUCGAUUAAUAAUUAUGAAUUCCAAAUGGAGCACAUUGUUAUCGAUCCUUUCAAGAAAUCACCCUUAACUUCAUAUUUCCGGAGAAUGUCAUGGUCCCCAGAUGGUCAGCACAUUGCUGUGCCGAAUGCGACUAAUGGUCCUGUAACAUCGGUUGCCAUAAUCAAUAGGACUAAUUGGGGCACAGAUAUUUCAUUGAUAGGGCACGAGGCACCCUGUGAAGUGUGUUGUUUUUCGCCUAGGUUAUUUGAAUAUGAUGACAGCAACGAUUCACAGAAAAAUAAGAAUGGAAUGGGAAACUUUACAACUAUAUUGGCAACUGCUGGACAAGACCAAAAUCUUGUAGUUUGGACUACGAGACAAAGUAAACCAUUGGUAGUGGCUCAUGAUAUAGUUUCGGGGUCUAUUACAGAUAUGUGUUGGGCUCCAGAUGGUCAAACGUUAUAUUUCAGUUGUUUGGAUGGAUCAAUUACCUGUGUUUCGUUCGAGGAUAAUGAAUUGGGAAAAGUUGUUAGUGAAAAUAUGAACGAUUUACAAUUACAUAGGUACGGUGCUGACAGAGAGUCUGCUACAUUCCCUGAGAGCGUUGAACAAUUACUUUUGGAAGAAAAAUCUGAAGUUACCGAGCAUAAGGAAAAUAAGAAAUUAGCUAUUACAAAACCUCCGACAACCAUUUUGAAGUCACGACCAGAAGAAGUGAGGCCCAAAGAAGUGAGCCCAAAAAUUAAUAAUUUGACUCCAAAGCAAGUGAACAAAUUGACUCAGAGUAUAACAAUAACAAAAAAUGGGAAAAAAAGAGUAGCCCCAUUAUUAGUAUCUUCGUCGUCCAAAAUUUCUGUUCCAGUAUUAGGCACGAGUGGAAAGGUAACCAAGAAAUUCCAAAUCGGAUCGAAAUUAUCUCAAACAUCGUAUUUCCUACCCAGAUUAGGGGUUCUGACAUCGGUGCAAGGAUUAAAACUGAAGAAUUUAGUCCACGAAUUUAAUCAAACUAAUGAAGCCAAUAAUGACGAUCAAGAUAAUGAUAAUGAAGAUAUGGGUAUUGAUUCAGCGAAAGUCAAUGAUAAUCCUAAAGACGCUUUGAACCAAAGUGUGUCAGAUGCUACUUUGAGGAGACAGAGAAAUAAAAUAAAACGUGCAAUACUAGAAACAAGAUAUCCAAGUUGUUUCCAAUUAAUUUCAACUUUACCAGACAAUUUAUUUAAUAAUCAAGCGAUAUUGAACAGUAAAGUAAACCAAAUAUUGAACAAUAAUUUCAACAGUAAGAGAGAGAAUAAUAACGAAAUUAUAAGUGGUAGCUCAAUAGAUGCAAUUGAUGAGGAUUUAAUAUUCUCUGUUAUUGUCACCGGAAUUCAAUCAAUCGAAGAUCGUAGUAGCAUAAUUAUUAACGAUGCAUAUGAUGCAAAUACUUCGAUCACAUCCAUUGUUGAGGUUCGUAACGGACCAUCUUGGAAAGUGAAUGAAGAUGACAUUACAGACUUCGAAUAUGGCGAUAGAAUAGACUUUCAAGAUCCAACAAGGGUAAUUGUUUCUAAUGAUCAGAAUCAUACAAAGAGAAGCUAUACAGUAUUCUUCCCAUAUAAGGUACAGCAUGUACUACCUAUAAUCAAGAAUAGAAUACUCACUUUUUACGUAUUGGCUUCAUUCAACGGGACAAUACAAAUAAUUCUGGCUAAGUCUGGAAAGUAUGUUACUGCUAGUAUGGAAGUAGGAAAUAAUGUCAUAUUAUUAAAGCAAGAGGGCGAUUAUCUCAUGUGUGUCACGAAUCAAGGUUUAAUCUUUGUUUGGAAAUUGCCGAAUUUGCCUGUAGAGAGGUUUCUUACAGGUGUGGUUAGAGGGAUAUCGUUGGCACCCAUUUUAAAUAAUAUGGUAGAGGUUCCAAGCAUUGAGAAGAAAAAUUUAAACAAACGACAUGCAAAUAUACCCCAAUUGAUGAUGCCUAAUGUCAGAAAGCUUGACGUUGAUACUCGAAACGGGUCCCCAUUGGCUAUAUUAGAAGACAACAACGAAGUAUAUAAAUUCUCGUUAGACCUAAUGGUUUGGAUAAAAGUAGUGGAUCCGUGGUAUUUCCUUGCACUAACCGAUUCACCGGUCGACUCUUUUAAAACAGGAAACUGCAUUGAUUCAUUGUUGCAUAAAAGUUACAAGUCUUUCGAGGAAGACGUCAAAAGAUCCAAGAUCGGAUUAUAUAUCUAUAAUAAUUCAGAAGAAACUAAUGAGCUACAGAAAGUUAUGGAGGCAAGAUUCAAGCAAAGCAUAGAACUUGCGGGUCAAAUAGCAUAA